ACUGGUACCUUUGUCUUGAGGUACUACAGAAUGUCAGACUAGAAGAUAUGGCGUAAUCAGCAUAUCGAUAUCAGUCAAUUUAAUUAUGUCCUUAUCAGUUAAUCCACAAUAGUCAGUUUGACAACCUGCACCAAUCGCGCAGUUUUAUAUAAGGGUACACAAUGAAGAUAAUCUGGAUAUGUCUCACUUUUAUUUGGGCAGCUGCAGCCCUACCGUUGGAGAGCAAUAAAAUUGAAGAUAUUUUGAGGAAUGACAACCCCAGCCUAAUAGAAGGCAUAAUUUUGGGCUUGCUAGAUGACCUUAGGGACACUAUCUACAACGGCUCAGAUGAACUACCUGUCCUGGACCCUCUGGUUAUUGACGAGCUGGUCCUGAAUGAUGAUAUUAUUCCACUACCUGGCGCACGCUUGCACUUAAAAGAUACGACAGUGAAGAACUUGGGAACCUUCGAUGUGGAUGAGCUUUCUGUCACGGCGUGGUUGCUUGUCAAUUAUGUUCACCUGUCCGGGUACAUACCUGUCAUAGACAUCGAUAGCGAAUAUUACGAUCUUUCUGUGUCAGCAUUGGGUUACAACGUGUUCGGAACUGGUAGAGCGGGUGUCAAAGUAAUCAACCCGAGGUUAACAGCAGACCUCACCAUACAAAUUGGAAUAAUUAGUGGGGUCACACUAACACAUUGUGACGUCCGGUUCACUCUAGGUGCUUUUGAGCCUGAAGUAACUGGGAUGUUUGGACACGAGGGAGCUAGCGAUUUCGUUAAUUGGUUUUUGGCAGACCUGGUGCCAGAACUAGUAAAAUUUUACGAGGAUGAAAUCAAUGACUUCCUUAGCACCAUAGUGAGAGACAUUGUGACAGAAGCCUUGCCUUAAAUUAAUCUGAAUAAAAAAUACCACGAAAAAUA